GGGCCGAGAGUCGACGGGUAAUCUUAGCAAGCAAGGACCGGGCUCGUUGCAUCAGCAGAACGUGGUCGGAAGCGAGAGGAAGGGCGGAAAGCAUGAAGCUGUUCCUUAGCAAAGGCAGCCCCGGCGGGCUGAAGGUGCUGGCGGCUGCCCAAGCCACCGGCGCCCCGGUGGAGCUGCGCUGGCUCCCGCACGAUGCUCAUGUAGUCCCAUUCCUUACCCAUCCACUGCUGCCAGCUCUGCAGUUGGAAAAAGAGUCCUUUCUCUUCUCUACAAAUACAAUUUGCCAGUACUUUUUCCGCUUAAUUGGAAAAGAAAUGAGUGAUUUUUCCAAUCAGUUGUUUGAGUGGGAGGCAACUGAUCUGGAGCCUGCUUUGUCUGCAGCCUUAUAUCUUCAUGUUGUGCAAGGAAAGAAGGGAGAGGAGGUUUUGGGAGUCAUCUGGAAACCAUUGAACUACAUUGACCAGACCCUUACCAAAAAGGGCACUCCUUACCUUACCGGGGAUGCUGAGUCAGCUGUUGAUGUUGCCUUCUGGGGAUCCCUGUUCCCUCUGUUAAGGGAUGAAUCCUUCUUGCCAGAUGAAUUGAAAGCCCUGAGAAGAUGGUUCCAGAACAUGAACCUGAAGGAGCACUGCAGGAAGGCUGUUGAAUCUAUGUGGACACCCAACGGAUUGCUGGAAUUUAAGGCAUAUCUGCAGAAACAUCCUGCUCCCAACCUGGCCUUUGAGAAGUCGGCAACUAAUGAGCCCAAGGAAGAGGAAUCUACUCAGCGGCAUCUGUCCGAAGAGGAGAUCACGGCCAUUGCAGAAGUCUGGGUCACAGGGCCAGCCAGGCUGCCCAAACCCUGGAAGCCUCAGCAGCCUAUAUUACCGGUGGAAGGCAUGAAGAAUGUGCUGAUCACUAGCGCGCUGCCCUAUGUGAACAAUGUGCCUCACCUUGGGAACAUCAUUGGCUGUGUUCUCAGCGCCGAUACCUUUGCAAGGUACUGCCGUCUGCGUAACUGGAACACUCUCUACUUGUGUGGCACUGAUGAGUAUGGCACUGCCACAGAGACAAAGGCCAUGGAGGAAGGGCUGACCCCGAAGCAGAUCUGUGAUAAGUACUACGUUGUCCAUGCCCAGAUUUACCAAUGGUUCAACAUCUCCUUUGACUACUUUGGCCGCACCACCACGCCUGAACAGACCACGAUAGCCCAGGGCAUCUUCCAGCAGCUGCUAGAGCGCAACUACCUGCUGACGCAGACAGUGGACCAGUUGAAAUGCGAGAAGUGUGUGCGGUUCCUGGCCGACCGCUUUGUGGAAGGUACCUGCCCCUUCUGCAACUAUGAAGAGGCCCGUGGGGACCAAUGCGACAAAUGUGGCAAACUGAUCAACGCCACUGAACUUAAGAAACCCGUAUGCAAAGUCUGCCAAGAGACUCCUGUGGUGAAAUCCUCUGAACACCUCUUCCUGGACCUGCCCAAGCUAGAAGACAGCCUGGAGAAAUGGCUGUCCCUGUCCCAAGCCACGGGGGACUGGACUCCCAACUCAAGAUACAUCACCCGCUCCUGGAUCCGCGACGGCCUCAAGCCACGUUGUAUCACUCGUGACCUGAAGUGGGGCACGCCGGUCCCGUUGGAUGGCUUCCGUGACAAGGUGUUCUACGUCUGGUUUGAUGCUCCCAUUGGCUACCUGUCCAUCACAGCCAAUUACACUGACCAAUGGGAGAAAUGGUGGAAGAACCCAGAGCAGGUUCAGCUUUAUAACUUCAUGGCCAAGGACAAUGUCCCUUUCCACAGUGUUGUGUUUCCUUGCUCGUUGCUGGGGACCGGCGACAAGUAUACCCUGGUCAAUCAUCUCAUUGCGACAGAAUACCUGAACUAUGAGGACGGCAAAUUUUCCAAGAGCCGCGGUGUGGGGGUCUUUGGGGACAUGGCCAAGGACACGGGCAUUCCUGCGGACAUCUGGCGCUUCUACCUGCUUUACUUGAGGCCAGAAAGCCAAGACAGCGCCUUCUCUUGGAGUGAUCUCAUGAUUAAGAACAAUUCAGAGCUGCUGAACACCCUUGGCAAUUUUAUCAAUAGAGCUGGAUCCUUCGUGUGCAAGUUCUUUGGGGGACGUGUCCCCACCAUGGAGCUGAGCCAGGAUGACAAGCGCCUGCUGGCUCACAUCACUCUGGAGCUGCGCCAAUACAACCAGUUGUUGGAGAAGGUCAAGAUCCGGGACGCCCUGCGCAGUAUCCUGAAUAUUGCUCGCCACGGCAACCAGUACCUCCAGGUCAAUGAGCCCUGGAAACACAUCAAGGGCAGUGAUGCAGACAAGAAGCGGGCAGGCACAGUGAUAGGGGUGGCUGUCAACAUUGCAUCCCUGCUGUCUGUCAUCCUGCAGCCAUACAUGCCCAGUGUGAGUGCUACGAUCCAAGAGCAAUUGCGCGUUCCUGCUGACUACAAUGUCGUGACCAACGACUUUGUCUGCACCUUGCCUGCCGGACAUCAGAUUGGCACGGUGACCCCUCUGUUCCAGAAACUGGAGACGGAACAAAUUGAAAACCUGCGGAAGCGCUUUGGGGGUGGCCAGCUUGAGGACUUCCCGCAGAAGCCAAAGCAAAAACUAGCUGCACAUGGCAAAGAGGCAGUAGGAGCAAAGGAGCUUCAGGAAGAAGUAGCCAAACAGGAUAGCUACGUGCAGCAGCUGAAGGCCCAGAAAGCUGAGCAGAAGCACAUUGACGCUGCCGUCUCGAAGCUAGCAGAACUCCAGAAACAGCUCAGCUUGGCUGACGGAAAAGGGAAAAAGAGAAAAUGAGUGGAUGUGCGGCAUCUCCUUUGAGAGAGACUCAGGGUCGUCUUACAGCAGUGGUUAACUGUGUACGUUGGGGGAGAGUUCACUUUCUCCUGUUUUCACACCACUGUACUAUUCUGACUUUGCCCCUCUCCCUAUUUUGUAUUUAUCAUGAAUUCAGAACCCUUUGAAACGUUGAAUUACACGGUGUAAAAUAAAUAUUUUAUUUGCUUAAGUG